CUUGCACGUAAUUUUGUUUUAAUGUGUCUUGGUUUUUAGUGCUUUGUUUACUGUGAGAGAAAUCAGUUGCAAGCUCAUCUGUAGGUCACAGACAUGUCUACUGGCUUGCAGCUCCUUGGAACAACACUAGGCACUCUUGGCUGGCUGGGCAUAAUUAUAUCAUGUGCAAUCCCUCUAUGGCGUGUGACUGCCUUCAUUGGAAACAACAUUGUGACUGCACAGACGAUGUGGGAAGGGCUGUGGAUGAGCUGUGUGGUGCAGAGUACAGGCCAAAUGCAGUGUAAAGUGUAUGACUCCAUGCUGGCUCUUGCCCAAGAUCUGCAGGCCUCUCGAGCUAUCCUUGUCAUUUCUGCUAUUGUUGGUUUAAUUGCCAUGUUUGCAAGUUUUGCUGGUGGUAAAUGUACUAAUUGCCUGGCGGAUAACUCCGCAAAGGCUCUGGUUGCUACAACAGGAGGCGUUGCCUUCAUAAUUGCAGGGAUCUUGGGUUUGGUGCCACCUAGCUGGACCGCUAAUACAAUCAUCAGAGACUUUUACAAUCCUCUCGUAGCUGAAGCACAGAAGAGGGAGUUUGGAGCAGCCAUCUUCAUCUGCUGGGGGGCAGCAGUGCUCCUGGUUAUUGGUGGAGGUCUCCUCUGCAGCUCUUACCCAAAAGGAAGAACCUCCAGCAGGGGUCGGUAUACACCAGCUUCUCAAAAUGGAAGAGAGCGCUCGGAGUAUGUGUGACUGAAGGAUGUCUGUUUGAAGAAAUUAUAGAUUUGUUUUAGGUUUUUAUCUAUUUAAAUGUCUGUCUGAGAUCGUCUUUGUAAAGCAGAGAUGAAGUGAUCAAUUGAGCUAAUAAAACACAUUUUAUUC